AUAUAUCUUUUCAGUCUUUCGUAACCUCAAAAGGCUAAGUUGGAGAGCUAAAAUUGCUGCCCCUGACUCGAUACUUGAUUACUAGUAUUUAAAGUACACUAAAUUAUUUGGAUCAAAUCCUUAGUAUUUGACCAUGACUAUAUUCACCCUUUGACUUUGGUGUUUUGUUUCCAACACAAUUCAUUUGUUUAAUGGUUUUCAUACAUUACAACCACUUUGUGGUGAAGAAAUAUGGUACUAGUGAAAAGGACUCGAACUCAACAUUUAAAUCCCACUAAGUAGACACGUGGGGGCUUAUAUAUUGCAGUUGAUAAGAAAGUGUAAGCUUUACAAUUGAGAUCAUCAAGAAAGGAAGGAAGCAUGAGUAUAAUGAAGGUGAUGGUGGUUCUCUUGGUUCUCUUCAACUUCUAUUUUCCUGCAUCAUCUGCUCCUCUUGCAAGCAAUUUGAACUCAGGAAAUCCGUCGGAAAAAAUGAAAGAGAAACAAAAAGGUGAAUCCAACGAUUCCGUAACUGGUGGUGAAGUUGGAACCGUAAAGCAGAGUAAACUUGCUCAUGCCGGUGCAAGAGGUGGAGGUGGCGGGCACUCGGCCGGAGGCGGCGGAGGUGGCGGGCACUCGGCCGGAGGCGGCGGCGACGGAGGUGGUGGACAGUCUUCCUCUUCUUCACGAGGAGGAGGCGCGGCGGUCAUACCUGUAUUUGCGGCUGGAGCUGCCGGUGCAGCUGGUCAACGCAACAAUCACCGUAGUGCUGCCGGUAUUUGUAGCCGGUGCCGGAAAGACAUGAUUCUGAUCGACGUAGCUACCACUUUAGCAUUAGUUUUACUGCGUAUCUCUGUGUAAAAUUCCACUACUACUUCUACGCAUUAGUGAAUAGAAGGGUAAAAUCGUAAAUUCUAGGAGGGCAUCUAUAUAUGUAUCUGUUUGGUCAGUUUGGACCGGAUGUUGUUAGGAUUAUUAUUCAGUUUUUAUCGGCCACGAAUGUUUCAUAUUAAUAUUUUAUGGAAACUAGUAAAUACUGAAGAGAAAUUAAAUAUUCUCAUUUCUUUUGAUCC